AUUAAUUUAAAUAGGUUCCUGUAAAUUACUUGAAAUAGGUUUAAAAUUCCUGUAAAUGACUUUAAAUUGAUUUAGAAUCCCUGGAACUGACUCUAAAUACAUUUAAAAUGACUAUAUAUAACUACAGAUAGGUUCAAAAUCCCUUUAAAUGACUUUAAAACAUUUAAAAUUCCUGUAAAUGACUUUAAAUACAUUUUAAAUCACUGUAAAUAACUUUAAAUAGGUUUAAAAUUACUGUAAAUAACUUUAAAUAUAUUUGAAAUCACAGUCAAUGACUUAAAAUACAUUUCAAAUUCCUGUAAAUAACUGUAGAUAAGUGAAAGUGAUAGUUGAGUCCACCAGUUGUUGGUAUUGUUGUUGGAGCGUCAGCCGGACAGUAAAUCUGCUUCUAUUCUCACUCUGAUGACUCCAAUGUUAAAAUCCUGCUUCUCAUUUAUGGCCGGCCAGUAACAAGCCCCGCCCCCUGCGGCACGCGCUGUCCACGCGUCCUUUCUGCACUCUGAUUGGCUUCAUUCGCCAGGACAGCCGGUGCUGACCAAUCAGAGAGCUCCGUCCCUCAGCGGCUUGGUUUGUCCACACACUGUACACGUGCUGCUCGGUGUUGCUGUAACGGGACUCCGGGACACCGUACCGACGGUAUAAAGCGAGCCCGACCUGUUUACUGACCCUGAAACAACCAGACUAACGACAAAUAACACGGUUCAUGGUCGUUACGAUCGUUAAUGUUCCUGUCUUUACUGUUACACGUUACAGUUUGAUUUAAUUCAUCAUCUUCAUCACUCGUCCCAGUGAAAGUCUCGGUACCAUCAUGGUUCUGUCUCCAGUGAACAAGAUGGCAGUGUUCCAGCUGGUGUUCUCGGACCCCGGCAGGUCCUUCUACAGCAGCGGGGACAAACUGUCCGGCUCCGUGCAGCUGAAGGCGGCUCUGCCCUGCAGAGUGACCGGCCUCAGGGUCACCGCCGCCGGUUGCGCCCGCGUGGAUUACCGCGGUGGGAAGAAACUCAAGAGCCGCAGCCAGGAGGUGGAGUACCUUAAGUAUGAGGAGGAGCUGCGGCUGGAGGAGAAGCUCACCAGAGACUCCGAUGGCUACUUCCUGCUGCAGCCUGAUCAAACAUACAGCUUCCAGUUCGGCUUCGAGCUUCCUGCAGCUGGGCAUCUGGUGUCGUCCUAUAAAGGCAAGUUCGGUUACGUCCGUUACUAUGUGCGGGCGGUGCUGGACAGGUCUCCCCAGGGUGCUUUGCAAUGUGAGAGGGAGUUUGAGGUCGAGGAGCCGCUGGACGUGAACCGGCCUGAACUGCUGGCUCCAGCUGCAGCCUCCAAACAGAAGAAAGUCACCUGUAUGUUCAUACCUGACGGCCAGGUGUCCAUCAGCGCUCAGAUCGACAGGAAGGGCUUCUGCGAGGGAGAAGAGAUCAGCAUCAACGCCAAGUUCGAGAACACCUGCUCACGUAUCGUCGUGCCGAAGGCCGCCAUCAUCGCCAAACACUCAUACCUUGCAAACGGACGCACCAAGGAGUCACGUCAGAAACUGUCGGCGGUUCGAGGGAACCACAUCAUCUCGGGGAUGUGUGACAUAUGGCAGGGGAAGACCAUCAGAGUCCCCAAACUGAGGCCGACGCUGCUCGGAUGUGACAUCAUCAAGGUGGACUACGCCCUCAUGAUCUACCUGCACAUCCCCGGCAGCGAGAAACUGAUCCUGGAGCUGCCGCUGGUCAUCGGUACAAUCCCGUUCAGCGGCGUCGGCAGCAGGACCAGCAGCAUGAGCAGCCAGGUCGAGUCUCUGAGCAGCUGGUCGUCCUUCCCCUCAGCACCGCCCAGCUACAGCGACAUCCACAGAGACCUGAGGGUGGACGGGCCCCGCACCCCGCUGCUCCUGGACUACGAUGGCGGGGAGGAUGACGAGGAAGAGGGCGGGCUCUUCAUGAGAGCACCUGAAAUGUACCACCUGCCUCCCCCUCCCCCGGCAUACACAGAGGUCGAUCAGGACACCGUUAACCCUCCUCGAGUGGUUCACGUCUUCUAAGGACUUCCUGUCCCUCCGCCACGAUGGACUGAACCCUGAAAACUGAACUGGACUGCAGCGCUCCCUGAGGACGACGAUGACUCGGCAGUUUCCUGACGAUGACUCCGCAUGUUUUGAUACUUUAUUCUGUAGAUAAAAAACAGAGAAAGCGUUUUGUUCUGACGUGUUUUUGAUAUUUGUUGUUACUCAGUUGAAUGUUUGUUUUUUUACUGAAGAGAAGAACUCACAGUUUUGUAUACGAUGUAAAUAAAAGCAGAUGUUUAUUUUUUUACUCAAACAAUAAAUCAGUUUAACAUCA